CCUCUGUCCCUUCGAGCUCUGUCAUUUGGGCCCGAACCUUGCCAACAGCGGGGAUCUUGGCGGAUGCGAACGCAGAUUGCAAAAUGACUUCCAUCUUGACUUACACUUUUAAAAACCUUCCCAGUACAUCAAACUGGGCCCUCAGAUUUUCUAUAAGACCUCUGAGCUGUUCCUCCCAGCUACGAGCUGCCCCAGCUGCCCAGACUAAAUCGAAGAAAACGUUGGCAAAACCCAAUGUGAGAAAUGUCGUGGUAGUGGAUGGUGUUCGCAUUCCAUUUUUGCUGUCAGGCACUUCAUAUAAAGACCUAAUGCCACAUGAUUUGGCUAGAGCGGCACUUUCGGGUUUAUUGCAUCGGACCAAUGUUCCAAAGGAAGUUGUUGAUUAUAUCAUCUUUGGUACAGUUAUACAGGAAGUGAAAACAAGCAAUGUGGCUAGAGAGGCUGCCCUUGGAGCUGGCUUCUCUGACAAGACUCCUGCUCACACUGUCACCAUGGCUUGCAUCUCUGCCAAUCAAGCCAUGACUACAGGUGUUGGCUUGAUUGCUUCUGGCCAGUCUGAUGUGAUUGUGGCAGGUGGUGUAGAAUUAAUGUCUGAUGUCCCCAUUCGUCAUUCAAGGAAAAUGAGGAAAAUGAUGCUUGAGCUCAAUAAGGCCAAGACUCUGGGUCAGCGACUAUCUUUAAUCUCUAAAUUCAGAUUGAAUUUCCUAGCACCUGAGCUCCCUGCAGUGGCCGAGUUCUCUACCAGUGAGACCAUGGGCCACUCUGCAGACCGACUGGCUGCUGCCUUUGCUGUUUCUCGGCUGGAACAGGAUGAGUAUGCGCUGCGUUCACAUAGCCUGGCCAAGAAGGCACAGGAUGAAGGUCUGCUUUCUGAUGUUGUACCGUUCAAAGUACCAGGAAAAGAUACAGUUACCAAAGAUAAUGGCAUCCGUCCUUCCUCCCUGGAGCAGAUGGCCAAACUAAAACCUGCAUUCAUCAAGCCCUAUGGCACAGUGACAGCCGCAAAUUCUUCUUUCCUGACUGAUGGUGCAUCUGCAAUGCUAAUUAUGGCAGAGGAAAAGGCUCUGGCCAUGGGUUAUAAGCCGAAGGCAUAUUUGAGGGAUUUUGUGUACGUGUCUCAAGAUCCAAAAGAUCAACUUUUGCUUGGACCAACAUAUGCUACUCCAAAAGUUCUAGAAAAGGCAGGAUUAACAAUGAAUGAUAUUGAUGCUUUUGAAUUUCAUGAAGCGUUCUCAGGUCAGAUUUUGGCUAAUUUUAAAGCCAUGGAUUCUGAUUGGUUUGCACAAAACUACAUGGGUAGAAAAACCAAGGUUGGAGCGCCUCCUUUGGAGAAGUUUAACAACUGGGGUGGAUCGCUGUCCCUGGGACACCCAUUUGGAGCCACUGGCUGUCGGUUGGUCAUGGCAGCUGCCAACAGAUUACGAAAAGAAGGAGGCCAGUUUGGGUUAGUGGCUGCGUGUGCAGCUGGAGGGCAGGGCCAUGCUAUGAUAGUGGAAGCUUAUCCAAAGUAACAGAUCAAGAAGCGGUGACCUGGAGUUUCUGUGCAACACACACUAGGCAAUGCCAUUUCAAUGCAUUACUAAAUGACACCUAUAGUUCCUACUUCCUCUUAGGAAAACAAAAUUUGUGGCCUUCUGUUAAAUACUUUGCAAUUAAGCCUUGCCAGUGUCUUGAGCUUUUCAAUAAUCACAGUUUACUGCUUUUUCAGGGAUUUCUUAGUCGCCAGAAUCUCACACGUAAUACAUUUAAGCAUUUGUUUUUGGUCUGUUAUUUUCAUUAAUGACUGAACAAGUGACUGAAGUUUGGAAAAGAGGUUAGCUGAGAUUUGAAAUCAUCUUUGUAACAUUUGCAAAUAUACUCAUUUCUAUUUGUUACCUAAAAGCUAAGUGUUUUCUAUAAAUACAAACCAAUGUGCCUAUGUUUACUUAAUUAUGGAAAGAUAAUUCAGAAUCUAAAUAUCACUGAAAACUUACAGUAAAUGUUUAGAAACAUAAAUACCAUGUUGGUUAACCUUAAUAAAGUGGAGAGAUAUUGGA